AUGCUCUAUGUACACUCUCAGACGCCCUUUGCGGAGACCGAAGCCCUUGUAAAGUCGCUGUUGCGUUACUAUCGCUACCCUGAAACGUCGGUUCUUCUGUCCUCCCGGCCCUCCUGUUCAACAUUGGCGCCAAUGCCACUGAGACCUCCUACCUCCUCAUCUACGAGGGUCUCCUCAGGGCCGGCCUCGUUCGCCUCAAGUUCAACGCCUCCGAUGUGA